GACUUCACCAUGUCGCUGGCCGUGCGCGCGCCGCUGCUCGUCUUCCUCAUCUCCCUCUCCUCCAGGAUGGGGCUCAGCCGAUACAUAGAGGACGUGGAGGCUACGGACGGGUUGUACUCUCUGCUCGGUUUGGACCAGAAGAGAAACUCAGAGGAUUAUGUUUUCCGUCGACCUCUCAGAUGCUUGGACAUGCUGGCCACAGACGGCUACUUCUCCUUCACGGCGUCUCGGCCGCAGCUCGACUGUGCUGCUUUCAUCAUCGGCGAGCCUAGUGAGGUCAUCAGCCUGGAGCUGUUUGACGUCAAUAUCGACUGCAGCGCUGGAGAUUUCAUCAAGAUCUUCGACGGCUGGGUCCUGAAGGGAGAGAAGUUCCCCAGCAGUCGGGACCAUCAGCUCCCCAUGCACCAGCGCUACACAGACUACUGCUCCUCUCCGGGAUCAGGAGCCUCCAGCCGCUCCUCCCAGAACGUCGCCAUGAUCUUCUUCCGCAUCCACAGCCCCGACAGCGGCUUCACCCUCGCCGUCAAAAAGCUGCACAACCCCUUUCCCUGCAACAUCAUGUCUCAGAGUCCAGAGGGCAGCUUCACCAUGGUGAUGCCACACCAACGCAGAAACUGCAGCUUCUCCAUCAUCUACCCCGUGGAGAUCCGACUGACAGAACUCGGGCUGGGGCAGGCCAAAAGCAACGAGCUCAGCCCGCAGAGGCAGGUGUGGUCGGGCUGUUCUGGGUCAGGUGACUACGUGGAGCUGCUGGGAGGGAAUGGAGUGGACACCUCCAAGAUGUUCCCUGUGGCCGACCUCUGUUUCUCCACCAAUGGGCUCGCCCAGAUGAAGAUUGGUUGUGAUAACUCAGUGGUGAGGCUGGUGUCCAGUGGGAACUACAUCAACCGAGUUUCCUUCCAGUACCGACUACUGGAACACAACGAGCUCCCCGAGACCCAAGAGAACAGUCUGGAUAAUUUCUGCUCUGUGGAAUGAGACCACACACACACACGCGCGCACAUGUAAACCGACGGACUCACACGUGAACACGCGCACACGACCACACAGCCAUUCGCUUCUCUGUAUAUAGACCAGUUUAUGGAAAAUGCCCCAUUUGACAAAUGCUGUCAAUACACAUUUUGUAUUGUUAUUGCCAGUUAUUUUAUUUAGUGUCAUUUGAGUAUAAAGUAUUUAUUUGAAUAGUUAUUUUAUUCCUCUCAAUUAUUUGUUAUUUUACUUAUAGAUGAUGGUGAAUAUACUUGUUUUCCUUUUAGUCUUGAUCUGUGAAACAUUUACUCUGUUUGCGAGAGCAACCUUCCCUCUGUUUAUAUCAGUUUGUGUUCUUUUGGUGGGUCUUCCUCUCUGCUGUCUCAUGUUUAUAUCACCAUGACAAUUUAAAAUAAAUAUGACUUGCAUGACAAAGCACA